AUGCUUAGAAUCAUGACUGGACUACCACCCCUACUCUUCCUCCCCCUGUUUGUGUCCCUUGUGUGGUCACAGGCGUUCCUCUUGCAGGACUUAGAGGAACUCUCUGAUCUCUUGUUGAGCAAGGUGAAAGCAGACACAUGGGAGCAAAGUGAGGUGUACCAAGGUGAUGACGCAGAGCCAACUGCUGGGGCCUCCCAGCCCAUGUAUUAUGUUCCACAAAAACCGCGAAUAGUACAACCCCUCAAAUCGGAGACAGUGAUUGCUGGCCAAUCCGCGUUGUUCACGUGCAUGGUCGAGGGGAACCCGUUCCCUCGCGUUCAGUGGACGGUCUCCGGCAUGUCCGCGUUGGCGUCGCCGAGGUUCGGCGAGGUCUUCACAAUGCCCCGGGGUUCUGUUCUGCGAAUAACCAACGCUUUGCCAACCCUUCACGGAGCUGUGAUCGCGUGUAUCGCCGAAAACGCACUGGGACACGCCGAGGCCACGGCCAGACUCUCCUUCGUUCUUUCUGGACAUUUACCUGACGGUUUUCUCUCCAAAUCAGCUGCACCUACGGGCUUCCCGAGAUUCCUCAAUGUCUUCUCAGUCAUCGUCGCGAAGAAGAACGACAAGGUCGAAUUGGAGUGUCGGACAGAGGGCGAUCCGCCCCCCACAGUUCGGUGGUACAAGGACAGCACCCCAAUCGAUCUGGUCAACGCUCGCUUCCUAGUGACUGCCGAAAGAUUCCGUCCGCACUUCACGUCUGUGCCAGCACCGCAGCAGGUAGUGGCUCCAGGCAGUCGGCUUGCUCUUAGCUGCACGGCAGUUGGCGUGCCAGUGCCGAACGUGGCUUGGUUCGAGGGACCAAACCAACUCUACCGCCACAUGCUCGACCGACAACCACCGGGCACGGCUCGUCUGGCACUCUCCAACGUCACCCAGUCGAUGAACGUGAGUUGCAUCGCGUCGUCGAUGAUGGGUCAAGUGGAGUACCCUGUCUCCAUCGUCGUCAAAGAACUACCACCACCGCCCGAACAACCGCGAUUUCUACCGCAAAAUCGGCCUGGCGAGGUCACCUUCGAGUUCAACCGGCCGACAACUCACCGGCCUGCACCCCAGGUCUCAGCUUACCUUGUGCAGUGGAUCGAAAGCCGAUACUUUCUGGCCGAUUACCUUGUCUCUUUGUCACCGGAAAUCGCCACCGCCAUCCAACGCAUCUCCACGAGCCUCUUUCCGCCUCAUUUGCCAGCGUUAGGUCUCGAAAAGAAUUCAGAACUCAGUCAGGUCGGCCUGCAAUUCCGAGUGAUUCCAGUCUCCGAGAUCGAGAAUGGACUCAAAGAAGUUAAAUGCCAACUCACAGGCCUGAAGCCCUACACCAACUACACCGCUUGGUGUCGAUCGAUUGGUGCAAAUGGGGACGUUUCGACUUCCACGCAACCCAUUCAUCUCACCACCGACCAAGCAGCUCCGUCGUCGUCACCUUUGAAUGUUCAGGCGUCAGCAAUCUCGAACGUCGCUGUCUCCGUGUCCUGGGACCAGCCUCUCCACUCCAACGGUCCAAUAACGAUGUACCGCGUGUACUACACUGACGAUCCGAAGCGGCCAUUGGCUGAGUGGAAUAUCAAACUGGUUCAAGUGGACUACGCUCUGAGCCAAUCAGAUGCCGCCGGCAGUACGUCCACUCUGACGCUGAUAACACACCUACGAUCGAAUGCAACCUAUUACAUUCGAGUGAGCGCCUCCAAUAUCAAGGGCGACGGCCCCACCUCCUCGCCCUACCGCGUCAUUGUCCGACCUGGAGCUCUUCCACCUCCAGUGAAUUUUAAAUCAGUGUCCAAGUCGGCCCACGAGGUGUCGCUGCAUUGGGACACACCCGAAACCCCUAACCGUCAACCGCCAUUGGUCAAAUACGAGCUCCUCGUGACGCCAUUGGACGGUGAAGGCAAUUUCGACUCGACCUCGCGUCAGGUCUUCAUCGAACCGAGCAGCAGUAGCUACCUCGUCACCGACCUUCUACCCAAUACGCGGUACGAGUUUCGGUUGGCUGCUGUCUCGGAAACUGGUGCUGGUAUCCAAGCAGAGACAACAGCCAAAACCAAGGAAUAUGUUCCUGGUCCCCCGAAUCUGGUCACCGUGACGGCGACCGGCAGCGAUCGCCUGCUGGUUACCUGGACACCACCGAAAGAAUCGAUUUCUGCGUCCCUUCUACUCCACAUGGGGCAUCGUAGCAACGAACUGCGCAUCGCCUAUUACGACAUCGAUCUGCGAGCUACUGACGCGAAGGGCAAUUGGUUGAGUGGACCGACAUUCGGAGUGGUAGACCAACAGCGACCGAUACGCCAACAGAUGACGUCGGAACGUGAGAUUGAGGAAGCCCGUGGGAAAUUGACCUACUCCCGCGAGAUCACAGGUCUCGAACCAGGCACCCACUACGUCGUCCACAUCCGCGCCGUCUCCAGAUCCGGCUCGGGGGAUAGAGCCAAGUCCAGUCCCAUUAUGACCUGGCCGUUGCCUCCAGGUCAGCCGAGAAGUCUGGAAUUGCGCACGGUUGCCUCUACCUUGUCCCGACGUCGCAUUCUUCAAGCACAAUGGCGAGCUCCAGUGGAUGAGGAAGACAACGCCUCCAUCGGCACCUUCAGGUACCGCGUCAGGUGGACCCUUCUGCUACCUCCAAGGCUAUCAGACGGUGCCCAUGGACUCUAUCAGCCAGAAGGCGUUGAACCCCUUCCAGGGCAAGUGGCCAGAGAGCUUGGCGUGUCGGAGGAGUUCGUCUUCGGCGAGGAAAAUGUCACCCAACCGACGUGGGAGUCACCUCCGGCGAAGCUUCUCGGUGGCCUGUCGUACGAGGUGAGAGUGGCAACAAUGGACAACUUUCAGACGGGCGAAGAGGCUUCUGGACGGAUAGAACUUCCUGACGAAGAUGCAGUUGUGGCUCCACCACUGGAGGCGAGAAACGGACGCCUCGUGGCCUACGACGUGGAAUGCGCCUGGGUCGACGUCACCGCAGGCAUCGCCGAGGCCUGGCACACGAAACGCGUGAAACUGGCCGAGUCUGGGGGUAGCAGCAGUUCCACGCUCUUUUGGCCGCCUGGUCGGGUCUCCCUGUUGAACAUCUCGACGCCGAUCGCCGCCUCCUUCGGAACCGUCUACCGCGGACGCGUGCGGGCGACGACUUCUGCCGGCCCUGGACCUUGGUCGGAGUUUGUGACGCUGAGCCUCAAGAAUAUGGUUCCAAAGGUGCCGACAUCUGUGGACGCAGUCUUUGACGAGAGAAGAGGGGUCUACGUGACCUGGGCUAUGCCAGAACACCUCGUCCAAACCUCGUUCAAUCGUGAGGCGCAUCGGACGAAUCUGGACUCCCAACCACCGAUUUAUCGACGGUUUGUGGUUGAGUACGCUAAUCGGGCGGACGCCACAGGACCAACUCAGUGGCAGACGAUCAAGACGGCGGGACCGGUUACAGUCGUGGCGCUGCCAAUAACUGAGAAACCGGAACAACACGUAGUCCGAGUUCGCUCCGUCGGAAUAGCCAACUUGCACAGUGAUUGGUCUCCCCCGGUACCUGUAAGAAAAUCCGCUCCUUCAACACUGGAAGCCGUCGAGGACCUCAAAUGCCAAGCAGUGGCCCAGGCAGGCAACCACGCAGAGCUCGAACUCGCGUGGAGUCCAGUUGAAUUGCCCGCAGCAUCUCGACUCCUCCACUACGUGGUUAACUACACUGGAGGACGUGUCUACCUCAACUCAGAUGGUCACCGAAUGAGGGAGUCACAAGGUGAGCGUGAGCAGUCACUCAGGGUGACGGCUAGGCUUCCACAUCAUGGCGUCGCCCAUCGUCUCCGCGGACUUAAAUUCAACAUGGCCUACCAGAUCGACGUGACUCCGGUCUUCGAACGCUCAAUUAAAACCGGAUCGCUUGGCGAAUCAAGAUCUGUCUUCUGCCGAACUCACUCUAAGCCACCACAAUUUGUUCCAACGCCCGAAUUCCACCGAAUGCCAGCAGUUCAUGAAAACGACGCUGGUCUUGUGGUUAUUUACCGCGCAGACGAACAAAACGGAACGGUUUCCACUUACGAGAUCCUAGUUCGAGAGAGUAACUCAGUGGACGGCGAUCGAUCUCCUGCGGUACUGGCUCAGUUCCCCGCGGUCACACUGUUUCCACCGCUGACUAAAAUGGUCCGCGUUGUGCUUAACGGGUCUUCAUCGGGGCCUGGUCUUGGAGGCGUUGGCUCUAGGCCGGAGCCUGGGAUGUUCUCCGCACCUUCGCUAAUGCCCGGCCAGGCCUAUGACUUCGCCUUAAGAGCCUGUAUAGAGAGCCACGAAGUGAUUGAUGGAAUCGCAGACACACACGAACAGGGUUCCAGAACGACUGUCGUCUGUAGCAUGAGUGAUUGGACUGCAGGACCUGGAGUGAUCGGACCGGUGUCGCCGCGGCCCGACCAAUCAGCUCGAGUUGAAAGAAUUCACCUUGAGGAAGACGAUCCGCUGUGGCCGCCAAUCGUUCUCGAGAACAUUACGGCAGCUUCCUCGACGCACACGCCCUUCAACGACGCCGCAAGCGUUUCACGAACAUCUGACCAGGAAAUCAUCCCGACGGAUGUCGUUCUACCGUUGGGCAGUGAUGCAAUGCAUCCACAGAUUCCAGCUUCCACGAUAUCGCCUUACAGCGAUCGCAUUCAGAUAAUCGUGGCAGCUCUCUCCAUCAUCGUGGGUGUGACCAUAAUGGCCUUCAUUCUCAUCCUCAUUCUGCGUCACUACCAGCGUCGUCAGCGGGGCGUUGGCAAGGCCGACCGAAUGCUCGAGCCGAUCAAGCCACCCAGAUCCAUAGCCCAGUCGGCGUCGAACCUCAUCAACGGCUACACCAUCCUCGACACGCCGAUGGCGCAGAAGCGCUGCCACACGGACGCGUUGUCGUUGCAGUCGGCGGGUUUCAACAGCUACAAGUUCGCGCAGCCGACGGUGACGGCGACAGCGUCGCUGGACCGCCGCGACUACGUGGACGCCUCCAGCGGACGCUUCAACUCCUUCACGAUGAUGCGCACGCCGAUGACGUCGAUCGGCGAGACGCCGAACUGCGCGUGCUCUGCCACGGCGUCGCAGGAGAUGCUCUCGCCGCCGAUUUCUCGCCAGCCGCCUCCGCCCUACUUCAUGAACCACCCGCCGCCUCUUAUUCCCGGAAUCUUGGAGGCCAAUCACGACAUCGCGUCACACGCCAUUCCAGUUGAAGGUCUUCCAGCGCACGUGAGCCAGCUGAAGCAGAACCAGGGUCUGCUGAUGUCGGCGGAGUUUGAGUCGAUCGACCCGGGGGGCCAGUUCACCUGGGAGCACUCCAGUCGGCCGGCAAAUCGACCGAAGAACCGCUACGCCAACGUGGUCACCUACGAUCACUCCAGGGUGGUGUUGUCGAAAGUCGACGGCGACUUCGACAGCGACUACAUCAACGCCAAUUACCUGGACGGCUACAACCGCAAGAACGCCUACAUUGCCACUCAGGGGCCGCUGCCUAACACCGUCUGCGACUUUUGGCGCAUGGUUUGGGAACAACGCACCAGCACCAUAGUGGCAAUGACGCGGUUGGAGGAGCGUGAACGAAUCAAAUGCGAGCAGUACUGGCCCACGAGUGGGCUGCCAGCAGGCUCACGCCUGAGUCCAACAAAGGGCGUUGAUUGGCUCUCGCCAAGGUCAACUAUGAUUGCCGCGUCAGACAGCUCGCAGACCAUUAGCGGAACGUCGCCAAUUGCCACGACGACCUACGGCCAGAUAACUGUCAGUUUGAUGGAAGUCGUCGAAUUGGCCUACUACACUGUGCGAACAUUCACGGUACAGAAGAGUGGGCAUCGCGAGAAACGCGAGAUUCGACAGCUGCAGUUCACUGCGUGGCCGGACCACGGUGUGCCAAAUCAUCCUGCGCCAUUUCUGAUGUUCCUGCGACGAGUCAAUGCGGAAUUCGUGCCCGACGUUGGACCAAUAGUUGUUCACUGCUCCGCGGGUGUCGGACGCACAGGGGCCUACAUCGUGCUUGACAUCUUGCUGCAGCAACUCAACCAGGAGAACUCCGUCAACGUCUUCGCAGUGGUUGCCCAGUUGCGGAGUCAACGGAACUUCAUCGUCCAAACCGAGGACCAGUACGCCUUCAUCUACGAAACCCUUCUGGAGGCCUCCUUGAGCGGCAACACCGAACUGCCAGCUCGGCAGCUGCGCAUGCACUGGCACAAGCUCACGGCGCCCUGUUCGAGCGCGGCGAACCGAUUCGCAGUGGAGCCGACCAAUGACCCUCUAGCUAACACGGGAUUGGCUCUCGAGUUCAGCCAGCUGGUCACCCAGACUGUGGGCGCGGUGGCUGCUGCAGUUGCGCACAAGGCUCCAGGAGGGCUAUUGGCUUGUUGCGAUGACCUUGUGGACUCUGGAUUGGUGACCGGUGACACACCCAGUGGUGCGCUUCCAGUGAAUGUUCCAAAGAAUCGUCGUGGAGAGGACCUCAUACCGUAUGACAGCAAUCGCGUGAAGCUGUCGGCGAUUCGCGGAGUUGACGGGUCGGAUUACAUCAAUGCCUCCUACAUUGACAGUUACCGCUCGAGAGCCGCCUUCAUCGCCACGCAGACACCGUUGCCAGCCUACGUGGAGGACUUCUGGCGGAUGGUCUGGGAGACCGUCUCGUGCAUCAUCGUGCAACUCGACACCAGUGAAGUCGACAAUGAGCCGUCGUAUUGGCCAAUGAAUGAGGCGGCUCGAUUUGGCUUCCUGGUGUUAGAACCGGUGGCCGCCUACGACAUGACCGCCUACGUGCUUCGGGAAUUCCGCCUCACUGACGCCAAGAGCGGCCAAUCACGAAUCAUUCGCGUUUUUGACGCUUCCCAGCUCUCCUUCCUCAUUGGACGCGUGCUUGCGUCGGCCCGGCAUAUCAACCAAUCAGGCGCGAAUGAAUCCGCGGCUCCCGACGUGCCUCUGCCACCCUCCCUGCCACCAUUGGCUGAAUGGCUUCCUAGUCGUGCGUCGGCAAAUAAUACGCCAACCUUUGGAUUCAUGAAUGGCGGCCCUGCUUCGUAUUACCGGUCAUUGUCUGCCGAUAAUUACAAGCGAGGUGUUUUUGACGAUCUCUCCUGCCAGAAGGCCGCACUCGCUUUGAUAGACCUGAUUGAGCAGGUUCACAAAACCCAGGAAAAAUUCGGACUGGAUGGACCAAUCACUGUUCACUGCAGAUCUGGAACGGGCUACACGGGCAUCUUCCUCGCGCUCUCCAUACUCUUCGACAGAAUGCGUUGUGAGGGCGUGGUUGACGCCUUCCAGACCACGAAGCUGUUGUGGUGGCAGCGACGAGGUCUAGUCGAGGUACCGACUGAAUACGCCUUCUGCUAUGCCGCGGCUCUGGAAUACGUCAACCUCUACGAGCCGGUUUCCGCCUCCCAGGUCCAAACCCAGACCCCAUCCUCCUCCCUAUCCUAG